CAAAAUAUUGUCGACUUAGCCCGUCGGUGCCCGUCUUCAGUCUCUUACUUCUCUGUCAUAUCCCAUCCCUCUCUACUGAAUCUCACUCUCACUUGUAGUGAAGUGUCCGACAUAUUACUCUUCCUCAUACACUUCGCGACGGCUUGUGCUGAGCCGAGACCGCCAAAAUGACCAUGCUCAAGGACCCCAGCAAAAAAUAUCGCCGCUUCAAGCCAUUGAAGCUCGAGAACCGCCAAUGGCCAGGGAAAGAGCUCGACAAAGUGCCUCGAUGGCUCGCGACCGAUCUCCGAGACGGCAACCAGUCCUUAGUCGACCCCAUGGACGCAGAGCAGAAGUGGAAAUACUUUGAAAUGCUCGUCAAACUCGGCUACAAGGAAAUCGAAAUCUCCUACCCAUCCUCCGGCGCGACCGACUUCGAUUUCACGAGGCGAUUAGUCACAACUCCAGGCGUCGUGCCAGAUGAUGUGUGGUUGCAAGUUCUUUCACCUUGCAGGAAAGAUUUGAUCAAGAGGACAGUGGAGAGCUUGAAGGGCGCGAAGAAAGCGAUUCUACAUCUCUAUCUUGCGACGAGCCCUUGCUUUCAGAGGAUUGUGUUUAAUAUGAACAAUGAGCAGAGUAAGGCUUUGGCGGUGGAGUGCACAAAGUAUGCGCGAAGCAUCACGAAAGACGAUCCGAACUCUGGAGUGGAAGAGUGGGCAUAUGAGUUCUCGCCUGAGACUUUCUCGGAUUCUGAUCCCGAAUUCGUGAUUGAGAUUUGUGAGGCGGUCAAGGCUGCGUGGGAGCCAACGAAGGAGAACCCAUUGAUUUUCAACUUGCCAGCGACAGUGGAGAUGAGCACACCGAAUGUAUACGCGGAUCAGAUUGAGUACUUCUGCACGCAUAUUUCGGAGCGAGAGAAGAUUUGCGUUUCUUUACAUCCACACAAUGAUCGAGGAUGCGCUGUGGCGGCCGCAGAGUUGGCACAGAUGGCUGGCGCUGAUCGAGUGGAGGGCACGCUUUUCGGCAAUGGCGAGCGGACAGGAAAUGUGGACUUGGUCACUUUGGGAUUGAACCUCUACACACAAGGCAUCCACCCUGGAAUCGAUUUCUCCGACAUCAACAGCAUCAUCGAUAUCGUGGAGAAGAGCAACAAGAUCCCAGUACACCCGCGUGCACCAUACGGAGGCUCUCUCGUGGUCUGCGCGUUCUCGGGAUCGCAUCAAGACGCAAUCAAGAAGGGCUUCCACAUCCGAGACAAAGAAGGAGCCGGUCACGAAGACCCAUGGGUUGUGCCAUAUCUCCCACUCGACCCAGAAGAUAUUGGCCGAACAUACGAAGCCGUCAUCCGCGUCAACAGUCAAUCAGGCAAAGGAGGAGUCGCCUGGAUCAUCAAGCGCACCCUCGAACUCGACCUUCCGCGAGGCCUCCAAGUCGCCUUCUCCAAGAUCGUACAACGCGAAACCGAUGCCUUGGGCCGCGAACUCCUCGCAAACGAAAUCAGAGACCUCUUCGUGGACUCUUACCACCUCAACCGCAACCCCCGCUUCUCUCUCGUCGACUACGACAUCACAACCGACCGAUCGCAAUCACCCGCCCCUCCUGCGGCCGCGAAGGAAGGCGAAAAGCCCAAAUCCACAUCAAACAAGAACUUGCGAAGAAGAUUCAAGGGUGUCAUCGAAAUCGACGGACAAGAACACGAAGUUAUUGGUGUGGGCAAUGGUGCUCUUUCCGCUCUCGCCAAUGCUCUCAAGAACUUGGGUAUCGAUCUCGAUAUUUCAGAGUACUCGGAGCACGCUGUGCAGCGCAACACCGGGAAAGGCCGUGAUACGCAAGCCGCGACGUACAUAGAAUGUACGAACGCGGGCGCGCAUCAGAAGGUCUGGGGUGUGGGUAUCCACGAGGAUGUGGUGCAAAGUAGUUUGUUCGCUUUGUUGGGUGCGGCGAGUUCGUUCUUGACCAGCAGACCUGGCACUCCCGUCCCGUUCCGACCUAAGAGGUCGAAUACGCAGGAUUGGAAGGAUGCUGGCGCGAACGGAGGACCCGAUCUCACACAACAGAAGACGAAUGGCGCGCCCGAGAGUUCACCGGAUGCUGGGCAGCAGAGUGUGCAGGUAAACGGGCACUGAGAUUUGCGGUAAAUUAUGGGACACAAAGUUGGAUGAGCAGCUGAAGGUGGCAGUGCUACGUCUGUCGAGAGCAGCAGUAUAACCCUCCGAGAUAAAGGACUAUACUGUGUGUGUCUGUAUCUUGAAGGAGUACAGGUGUCUGUGCGAAGAAUUUCCAAAGAGUUUGAAUGACAAACACUGAUGAAUUGGCCCAUCUUUCAAUCGCUCUGUACUGUUUCUCUUUGUGUUGGUUCUCUACAAUUUAUGUUAAAACGUGAUUUCUGGGUAUCUCGUGAUCAUCUCUUAUGAUAUCUGUCUGCAUCUUCUCUCUCGUCUGUUUCACUGCAAUGGCGGAAGCGGGUAGUUCAUGAGCACUUGUUGUUCUUAAGGUCUCCCGCUUCAUCACCCGCGCUGUUGGCGGUAGCUGGAUCCUUUCUCCGUCAUGCGCCCGUCGAGGGCGUUGGAAGCUGAGGCUUUGGGCCUCGACGUCUCGAAAUCUGCCCUGCAGUGAACGUCGUAUCUG